UCUCACACUCACUCUCUUACCCCCGUUGCCGACCAAGAGUUUGUGAAGAAGAAACCGUAUGCCAGGUAUGCCAGGUACUGCUAACCUCGCUCUACCCCUCCUCCUCCUCCUGCUGGUCGUGUGUCUGGCUACGCACGUGGACGGACGUCAGGCUGAUGGUGACAACCGAUUUGGUGGAUCUGCCCCUGGCCUCUCAUGCUCGCUGCCUUCUACUGAACGUAUCGACUGCGCUCCGUUUGUGGAGAACGUUGAUGGUGACAGCUGCGCUGCUCGUGGCUGCUGCUGGUCACCAUCGACCUCGGCCAGGCAACAAGGACUGAGCGACAUGACGCCGUGGUGCUACUAUCCGGCCAAUGCUGGCUAUGCUGUGGCCAAUGUGAGCCACGGCGCCGACGGCUCGCUCGUCGCCGAUCUUGUCCGUGGCCCGGUCCCCUCACCGUGGGGCAGUGACAUCAAGAACCUGCGCCUUGAGGUUGUGCCCAUGUCCGACGCCAUUGUGCGGGUCCGCAUCUCGGAUCCGGCAGAGGCCCGCUGGGAGGUACCCGACGUGGUCCACGCCCUCCCGCCAUCACCGCCGGCGCCUGCAGUCUACGGCAUCGAGCUGGGCUCCAGCGGCGCCCCGAUGUCGCUGCGGAUCUUCCGCACCGCCACCAACGUCACUCUCCUCGACACCUCGCUGCCGGGAAUGGUCUUUACCGACACUUUUCUCUCGCUGGCAAGCCGGAUGCCAGCCGGGUACCGGCUCUACGGCCUUGGCGAGCACGUUGACGCGCUCCUGCUGGACACCAACUUUGUGACGUACACCGAGUUUGCCCGCGAUCGCGGCACACCGGUCGGGACGGAGAACCUUUACGGCGCACACCCGAUGUACGUCUCGUUGGAAACGACCGGGACCGGCCACGCCCACGGUAUGUUCCUCCUCUCGUCCAACGGCAUUGACGUCAAGCUCUCGCCAAACUCGCUCGAGUGGCGGACGAUCGGCGGCGUCCUCGACCUGUACCUCAUGGUCGGACAGAGUCCCGAUCACGUCGUCUCGCUCUACACCGACCUUGUCGGCAAGCCGUACAUGCCGCCGAUGUGGGCGCUUGGCUUCCACCUCUGCCGAUGGGGCUAUGACUCGCUCAACAGGACCCGCGAGGUCAACAUGGCCAUGCGCGCCGCUGGCCUCCCGCAGGACGUCCAGUGGAACGACAUCGACUACAUGGACCGCUGGCUCGACUUUACCACCGACCCGGUCGCCUAUCCGGCUGCGGACAUGGCCGCCUUUAUCGACGAGCUCCAUGCUGUCGGCCAGCGCUAUGUUCCCAUCAUCGACCCGGGCAUCUCGUACACCCAGCCGGCCGGCAGCUACCCGCCGUAUGACGACGGUGUCGCCGACGAUGUUUUUAUCAAGGCAAGCCCACAGGCAGACCACACCUACGCCCAGGGCAAGGUCUGGCCAGGCAAGACCGUCUUCCCCGACUUUUCCGCGCCGCAGACCACGGCGUACUGGACCAACAUGCUCGCCACCUUCCACGAUCUUGUCCCCUAUGACGGCGUAUGGAUCGACAUGAACGAGCCGGCCAACAUCCCCGAGCAGCCUGCAGCAGGCUGCCCCGGCGAGCCGACUUCGCCAUAUGCGCUCGGCGGGCAGAGCUCACUCACAACCAAGACCAUAUGCCUCGGCUCGCGCACCGCGCUUGGCCCCAUGUGGAACACCCACUCGCUAUAUGGUCUCUCCGAGAUGGUCGCCUCCCGCACCGCGCUUGACAAGAUCAUCGGCAAGCGCUCGCUCAUCCUCUCGCGCUCGACAUUUGCCUCAUCCGGCGCCAUCGGCGCCCACUGGCUCGGCGACAACAAGUCGACCUGGUCGGAUUUGCUCUACUCAAUCUCGGGCAUCCUCCAGAUGAACAUGUUUGGCAUCCCACUUGUCGGCGCAGACGUGUGCGGCUUUAUCGGAACAACCACGCCCGAGCUCUGCACUCGCUGGAUGCAGCUCGGCGCGUUCUACCCCUUUUACCGCAACCACAACAUCGAGAAGACCCCGUCGCAGGCACCGUACGUCUUUGGCGAGCCUUACACCAGCUACAUCAGGGACGCCAUGGUCACUCGCUACACCCUCAUGCCCUACCUCUACACUGCUUUUUACACCUCGGCCGUCACCGGUAUCGGUGUUGCCCGUCCGCUUGCCUUUGCCUUCCCCACUCUUGCCACCGCGCCGGGCCCGGCCGGCGCUGCUCUCGCUGCCGUCGAUCUGCAGUACGUUCUCGGCGAUGCCCUCGUUAUCACCCCGGUCGUCACCGAGGGCGCCCAGUCGGUGACCGGAACCUUUCCGUCAAGCGCCCGCUUCUUUGCCCUCGACUCCGGCAAGGAGCUGAUGGCCUCGGGCCAGGUCACCCUCUCAGCCCCGCUCUCGCACAUCCCGGUCCACGUCAUUGGUGGCAACGUGGUGCCGAUGCAGGCACCGGCGAACAACACCGCCACCCAGACCGGUAACCCGUACGCACUCCUCGUCGCCCUCUCUGACGCAGGUACCGCCUCGGGCUCGCUCUUUGUCGACGAUGGCGAGACCAUCGGAACCAUCGACUCAUCUGCUUUCUUCCUGGCUCGGCUCACCGCCUCCUGGGACGAAUCCUCAAGCUCGGGCCAUCUUGCCUUCUCCCGUAUCGUUACCGGCUACGCGCCUGCCGCCUCGUACAUCGUCGACGGCCUGCGAUUCUACGGCGUUCCCUCCUGCGCCGGCACCGUCUCGGUCUCAGUCAACGGAUCGACGAUGCCGAGCGGAAGCUACGAUCCAUCGGCCCACGUCCUUACGCUUCCGCUAUCUGGCGUUGCCUUUGGUGAGGGCCAGGGCCAGUGGGUGGCUUCGAUCCAGUGCUCGUCGUAGUGCCCUGGACCGCGUCCAGGCCCCCUUGGUCUCGGCCACGACUCCUCAGACCUGUGAUAAAGACUCUUGAUCUC